AUGCCAUUCGGCAGAAGUCUUCUACAGAAGGAAAGCCUGUAUCGAGUAAGUGGAGAGGAAAGAUCCCCAGAGAUUCUUAUCUUAUUCCAUUCCAGUGGCUCGACCAGUAACCAAUGGCGAAAACUAAAAAAUCCAUGGUUUCCCGGUAGAACCCCAUUUCGCCCAAGUUGUUGCGGAACCGGAAAAAAGAAGCGGUUUUUCGCACAGCUUGCUCAUAGUGCAGGUCCCACUUGUAUAUUGUAUUUGGCCGAAGAAGCAUCGGACAGGUUGGAGUUCUUACCUUCUUGGGACUCCAUGGACCAAGAUCUGCUUUCAUUAUAUGGGCAAUACCGAUCUACUUUAGUAGAUCAUAUGGAUGUAAAAAAAGCUUCUGAUUUUGAUGAAUUCGAAACAUCUCUUUUCCAUUUCUAUUUACCUAGUUCAUAUCUUUGUUUCGUGUGUUCCCGGGAGGAAUUCGAUCUCUUCAAUCUCGGGAUACCACCUAAAUAA